CGAAGAAACUACACAUGAAAGAGAAUCAGAGUGCAAAGCCAUUACAAUGGCAAUGCUUUCUUUGAUCUCUCCUCGACACUGCAAUUCGUUUCGAUGCAUUCAAACUCUUCUUUAUCCAUUCACUCAAUCCUUUUCCAAAAAACCCUUCAAACCCAUUGAACCAGAGCCUCUAUCAAACCCUAUAAUCUCCCCAAAUUCAACUAGUUUUGACCACUCCACUGUGCGCCAAACUCUCUCCUGCUACGCCAAUGACUGGAAACGCGCACUCGAGUUCUUCGAUUGGGUUCAAACCCAAUGCGGCUUCAAUCACACCACUGAUACCUACAAUGGCAUGAUUGACAUUCUGGGCAAGUUUUUCGAAUUCGAUCUCAUAUGGGUUUUGAUCCAACGCAUGAAAGCAGACCCAGUUGCGUACCCCAACCAUGUCACUUUUCGUUUCGUGUUCAAGCGCUAUGCAGCGGCGCAUCUAGUUGAAGAAGCGAUGAAUGCUUAUUAUAGAACUGAGGAGUUUAAUCUGAGGGAUGAAACUUCGUAUUCGAAUUUGAUUGACGCGCUUUGUGAGUAUAAGCAUGUAAUAGAAGCUGAAGAAUUGUUCCUAAGAGAGAGCAAAGACUUAGUUUUUAACGAUGAUGUGAAAAUUUAUAACAUUAUUCUUCGUGGGUGGUUCAAAAUGGGGUGGUGGAAGAAGUGUAGGGAGUUUUGGGAAGAGAUGGAUAGGAGAGGUGUUUGUAAAAGUCUAUAUUCUUAUUCGAUAUAUAUGGAUAUACAGUGCAAGAGUGGGAAGCCAUGGAGGGCCGUGAAAUUGUAUAAGGAGAUGAAGAAGAAGGGAAUUGGGCUGGAUGUUGUGGCGUAUAACACGGUCAUUCGUGCCAUUGGUCUUUCAGAGGGUGUCGAUUUUUCAAUUCGGGUAUUUCGCGAGAUGAAAGAGGUGGGUUGUGAGCCCAAUGUUGUGACUUACAAUACAAUUAUCAAGCUGUUGUGUGAAAAUGGGAGAAUUAGAGAAGCCUAUGGGGUGUUCGAUCAAAUGCGUGAGAAGGGUUAUGCACCAAAUGUGAUUACUUAUCACUGCUUUUUCGGGUGUAUUGAGAAGCCUAAACAGAUUCUCAGGACGUUUGAUAGGAUGAUCAAUAGUGGGGUUAGGCCUAGGAUGGACACUUACGUGAUGCUUAUGAAGAAGUUUGGGAGGUGGGGAUUUCUUCGACCUGUUUUUAUCGUUUGGAAGAAGAUGGAAGAACAAGGGUGUAGUCCGGAUGCGUGUGCGUAUAAUGCUCUUAUUGAUGCUUUAGUGCAGAAGGGUAUGGUAGAUUUGGCUCGGAAGUAUGAGGAAGAGAUGUUAGCAAAAGGGCUUUCUGCUAAACCAAGGGUAGAUCUUGGGACCAAGCCCCAUACUGAAUGAUCUCUUGAUGGGUGUUAGUAGUUCAUAGGCCUACGGGAAGAUUGAUACUACCUGCAUAAUGCUUAUAUUGGAAUUUAGGAGAUUUAACCCCACUGCUAGAUUUGUUGCUGGGGAAAAUGUAAAAUUUUGUGGAUAGCAAAAUGAAGAUGUACACCAGGGAGAUACAAGUGAAUAGCAUAACAAAAGAUGUACACUAAAGGACUUUGGCCGAGCCAAGGGAGAGGGCUGGUUAGAUUAUUCAAUGAUUUUUGACAAUGACUGAUCAAGAUUUGGCUGAAUUGGCAUCUAUUCCCCGCUUGUAAGAAUUGAAAAUUUUCCAGCCAAGUUUCAUCAUCUGCAAGGAGGAGGAAUAAAAACUUCUGCAUGACUUCUCAUGUGGUACUUGAUCGGUGAUACAAAUGGCUUGGAAGCAUACGAAAAGGUUUCGGCAAAGAGAUUUCUUUCUGAUGAUUAUCUGGUGAAGGCUAUUUUCAGGACUUCAAGUUUCUUUUAACACAUCGCACAUGCAAUUCUGUUAUUUCAUUUCAGAACUCGGGUCCUGACUCCUGGUAUUGGUAUUGUUCAUCAACUGGGAGAAAUUCACAACAGUAGCCUGCUGGGCAGCAAAAGUUAUUUCGCCACAAACUGUUUGCUGAUAUCCUUGUAAAUUGUGGUCUUAUGUAUUUUAUAGGUCUUUCCAAAAGGGUUCGAUGGUGAUAUUACUUGCAUCCAGUUUCUUUGUUUCUUUAAUUUUUCUUCAUUUUCUUGUUCUAAGCUUUGCAUGAUUAAUUAAAGGUCACUGCAGGUUGAGACUAAGUUGAACUAUCUAUAUAUACAUAUAUCACAUGAAUAAUUAUGAA